UAGUGUAAAAACAGUUCCGGCGUAGAAACUACUGGAACGGCCGUCCCCGCCCCAACAUGCGAGGGAUCUGGAGCCAAGUGAUUACCCUAGCGGUAAUUCAAAUCGCUCUAGUCACGGGCAAGGCGCUAAUACCACAAGAACAACAAGCACAGCAGCAGUUGGAACCAAAGUCAGCUUCAAGCAAUGUAGCCCAGAAACGUGUGGGCUAUGACUACCCCGCCCCACCUCUGGAUCUCGUGAAUCCGUACCAAGAUCAUGACGAUCUUCAUGUUCACGGAGACCAUCAUGAGGUGAUAGAACAUCACGACGACCAUGACCAUCACGGUGAUGAUUUCCACGACCACCACGACCACCACGAUCAUCACGACUUGCAUGAAGAGCAUCACGUAGAGGAGCACCAUGAGGAACAUCACGAUCACCAUGACCAUCACGAUCCCGGUUACUGGAAAAAGAAACUGAUCUGGAAACCUGGCUGGAAGAAAAUAUGGAAACCAUCCAAAAAACAAAUAUGGAAACCUUCAUGGAAGAAAAUAUGGAAGCCGAUCUGGGUACCUACUAAGAUUCCUGUUUGGAAAGAUAUCAAGAUCCCCGAUUGGAAGAAAAUUUAUAAGCCUGUAUGGAAACCUAUUAAAGUACCAGCGUGGAAAGAAGUGAAAGUUCCCGAUUGGAAGAAAAUUCAAGUCCCAGUGUAUAAAGAUAUAGUUGUACCCGGUUGGAAAGAAAUUCAGGUACCUGCUUGGCGCAAAAUAUGGGUACCAGAAUGGGUUAAAGUAGGCGUACCUGGUGAGAAGUACCUCGGUAAAGAUCACGACGGUUGGGAAUACACGUCACAUGAUCUAUGGAAGAAAAAACUAAUUUGGAAACCUCUUUGGAAGAAAUACUGGAAACCGGCAAAGAAGCAAAUUUGGAUACCAGACAAGAAAUUGGUGUGGAAAGAUGAAUGGAAGCAGAUUUGGAAGACAGAAAAGAAGCAAAUCUGGGUCGAUGACAAAAAGUUAAUCUGGAAGGAGGCAUGGCAACAAAUUUGGAAACCCUCCAAGAAACUGAUUUGGGUCCCAGACAAAAAAUUGGAAUGGAAGGAAUCUUGGAAACAAAUUUGGAUUCCGGACUGGAAGGACAUUUGGGUACCCGGAGUUAAGAAAAUAUGGCGACCCGUUUGGAUUUCAGAAUGGUUCCCAUCUCCAGAUCACCAUGAACACGUUCAUGAAUCCCAUGGUUGGGAUAGAAGUGAUAAUAGCGCGGCAGCGAGCCAACAAUCGGUAACAGUGAAAAAAGCUCCUCAGCAAUCAAGUCCUCAACAACCUACACAGUCAACGUGGCAGUUCCCUAAAUAAUUAACUUAAGUCAAGAUAUUUGGUUAUAGAUAAUUAUCAAAGAUGUUCGCAGAUUCAUAAGCAAUAAGAGCGUUCGAGUUACCUGAUCAACGAAAAUCACGUCAGGAUUAUAGGUAAAAUUCUACAUACAAAUGUGUACAUACCAUACCGCUCUGCGAAACCAAAUAAUGCGAUUGUUUCUAUGAACUGCGAACAUAUGUUACUUUAUGAAGUAUUAAAAUCAAUUUGAUAGUGUUGCAAAAGAGGAAUAUUGCAGCUUUAACUAAAUGUGGUCUAUUUUAUACAAGGAAAACUACAAUUGUUAUACAAAAUAUCUGUGACUUAAUACCUCCGUAAACCUUCUAGGUUAUUAAACAAAGAGUAAAAGUAGUAAAGCCUAUUGAACUAGGAUUUAAUAAUGAGAAACAGUGAAUGUAUAAAUUAGAUUUAACAAUUUUGAAGUCAAUUAGUUACUCAAUAAAGUUGACAUUCCUUUGUUUCAUCUUGUCAACGAUGGUAAUUCUAGCACCAGACACUGAGACU